UCUCAGGUGGGGGUUCUGUUUGAUGUGGAUGGGGUUCUGGUUCGUGGAGGUUCUCCGAUCCCGGCGGCUCGUCGAGCCUUCAGGAAGCUGCUGGACUCCAACAACGACUUCCUGCUUCCUGUCGUGUUCGUCACCAACGCAGGAAACUGUCUGCGGCAACACAAGGCCGCGCAGCUGUCUCACCUGCUGGGGGUCCAGAUCGCCCCGGAGCAGGUGAUGCUAUCCCACAGUCCUUUGCGGCUGCUGAGGGGUUUCCAUGAUAAGUGUGUGUUGGUGUCGGGUCAGGGUCCCGUGACCGACAUCGCCAGCAGCCUGGGGUUCCACAGGGUGGUGAGCGUGGAACAGCUGAGGGAACAGCACCCCCUGCUGGACAGGGUGGACCACAGCAGGAGACCCACACUAACUCCACACCCUCUGCAGACUCUGCCCAAAAUAGAAGCGAUCAUCCUGUUUGGGGAGCCAAUCAGAUGGGAGACGAACCUCCAGCUGGUCAUCGAUGUUCUGCUGACCGACGGGAACCUGACGGCCCCGUACCACACGACAAGCUCCGCCCACCUGCCCGUGCUCGCCUGCAACACUGACCUCAUGUGGAUGGCUGAGGCCCCGUCACCACGGUUCGGUCACGGCGUGUUCCUGCUGUGUCUGGAGGCCGUGUUCAGGAGGCUGACGGGACGGGAGCUCACCUACCAGGCCGUCCUGGGGAAGCCCAGCCUGCUGACCUAUCAGCACGCAGAACACCUGCUGAGGCUGCAGAACAACAACUCACCUGUCAGAACCAUCUACGCCAUCGGCGACAACCUGAUGACGGACAUCUACGGCGCAAACCUGUACAACCGCCACCUGGCUGAGCAACGUGUUGCCAUGACGACCACAACCAAGCUGGUUGCCCAGGGAACCGGGAGUCCCGUCAGUGUGGCUCCGCCGGGGGGGGAGGAGCUUCCUGCUGCCCAGAGCUGCCACUCCAUCCUGGUGUGCACAGGUGUCUACAGCCCUGGCUCCCUGUUGCCUAGCGACCGGAGUGCUGAAGUCCAGGAGGCAGCAUUCCUCCCCGGCCAGCGGGACGUCCUGCUGGAGCCCGGCCACGUGGUGCAGGACGUGGAGGCCGCCGUCGACCUGCUGCUGCAGCAGGAGGGCCUCAACCUCUGACCCCUGACCUCUG